AUAACUUCACUAUGUUGUCGACAGCGACCUUUAGUGUCUUCAUAACAGCCGUAGUGAAAACAAGGAUUGAAUUUAAACUCAACGUCUCAGAAAUAAUUCGUACAACACGUCUAGUCGGAACUCCUUUGCUCUCUCCUUAAGGUCAUGCAUCGGAUUGUGGAUCUAUUGCUUAUAUGUAGCUUUUUACAUCCUUAUUUCUACUGCAUAGAAGGCUUUGUUAAACCUCAAAUUACUUGUGAGAAACCCUAUUGGUUUCAAUGCGACAAUGGCAAGUGCAUAUCACUCGUAUUUGAGUGUGACAAAUUUGAUGACUGUGGCGAUAAUUCGGAUGAAAAAAAUUGCGAGAACUUUAAACUAGUAUUACCCGCUUCCGUCCAAUGCGCCACAGACGAAUUUAGGUGCGAAAAUUCCGAAUGCAUACCAAAGAGAAAGUUUUGCGACGCAGUCAACGAUUGCACGGACGGAAGCGACGAGUAUGUCGGCUGUGUGAAGAAAUUAAAGUGUGACAAUCACAAAUUUCGCUGCGCUGAUGAGCAUUGCAUAGAGAAAGACUGGAUCUGUGACGGUAUAAAGGAUUGUCCCGAUGGUAGCGAUGAACAAAAUUGCGACAACAAAAUAUUAAAUGCGAGCGAUUGUACAAACAAGAAUGAUCGAUAUUUGUGUAAAAACCAAAGGUGUAUCUCUCUUAGCACGGUAUGCAAUAAGAAGGACAACUGCGGUGAUGGAUCAGAUGAAGGCGUCGGUUGUAAUAAUAGUAAAACGUCAUGCGUAUCAAUAAAAUGCAGCAAUAUAUGCAGGAUGACUCCUAAUGGACCUGUUUGUGUCUGUCAACCUGGUUACUCGUUGCAAGAUAAUCGCACAUGCAUAGAUAUCGACGAGUGCGCAACUUAUGGGAUAUGCGAUCAACGAUGCAUAAAUACAAAAGGGUCGUACAAGUGUAUCUGUCAAACAGGUUAUACGUUGCUGGAUGACAUGAGAACCUGCAAAGCAGACGGUGGCGAAGCUACAAUGAUAUAUUCUAUGACAACAGAAAUUCGUGCAAUGUUUCUCGAUACAGAAACAUACUUUACUGUAGUGCAAAACUUAAGUCAAGCUAUUGCUGUUACCGUGAACGGAGAUCACAUAUAUUGGUCCGAGUUGGAGAAAGGAAAUGAAAUGAUCGUAAAAAGUGACUAUGGAAGAAAAAGGGAAGCCAUCGUUACAGUGGGCUUAGAUACGUUGUCGGAUAUAGCCAUUGACUGGAUCACAGGUAACAUAUAUUUCACGGAUAUCGGUCACACGCAUAUCGGAAUUUGCGAUAACAGUGGUACAAACUGCACCAUAUUAAUCGAUGAGCAAACUGGAUUAAUCGAUGAGCAUCCAACAGCACUCGCUUUGUUACCAACCAAUGGAGUAAUGUAUUGGAGUGAUUGGGGUUUCAAUGGACAUAUAGCGAUGGCAGGGAUGGACGGAACAAAUAAUCGUUUCUUUGUUACGGAAAACAUAACAUGGCCAAAAAGCGUGACUAUUGACUAUCCAAAUAAUCGGUUGUAUUGGGUGGAUGCUAAAAGAGCUGUUGUCGAAUCAAUACGACUGGACGGCACCGAUCGAAGGAUUGUAUUGAACGAAUUUAUACAACAUCCGUUUUCUUUAGCGGUCUUCGAGAAUAAAUUGUAUUGGAGUGACUGGACCGAAAAAACGAUACAGUCCUGCAACAAGUUUACUGGAAAGGAUUGGAAGAUCAUAACUCGUUCUAGCAAUAUACCGUACGGCAUACAUAUCGAUCACUUAGCGUUAAAGCCUAGAGCUCACAAUCCGUGUAACCCGAAUCCUUGUUCGCAAUUGUGCAUGCUGAAUCAAAACAAAAAUUAUACGUGCGCUUGUACUCUAGACAAAAAAUUGAACCCUGAUGGACACACGUGUCGAGUUGUGGAUAAGAGACAGCACAUUAUCAUUGCUGCUAAAGGCGCUUUCAUAGAUUAUUAUCACGAAUUAUUGGGAAGACCGAAAAUAACUGCGAACGUUGCCUUCAGCAGGCAUAUCACUGCGGUGACAUACGAUUCACUUUCCGGUACUGUAUUUGCAAGCGAUCAAUUUAAGAACAAUAUCAUUCGCUACGAUCCGGUCCACGGCGAUGUUGAAAUCUUUAUGUCCAUAAGGAAUGAAAUUUUGGGAGGAUUAGCAUUUGAUGACAUUGGUAACAAUUUGUACUUGUCGGAUAUAGAACAAAAGACUAUCGAAAUACAUAGUCUAUCAACUACAACGAGUACGACUUUUUAUCUCGAGGAACAACCUUACGACAUUGCGUUGGUACCUGAAAAAGGCAUAAUGUUCGUGGUAUUUCGAGGCAAAACUGGCUAUCAUAUAGAUAAAAUGCAAAUGAAUGGAAUCGGUGUAAGAACAAAGUUUGUAGACAGCGAUUUGUUGGGCCCGAAGGUGUCGCUGUGCUACGACAGAGAUCAUAGAAAAAUCUUUUGGAGCGAUCAAGGCACUGGUCGUAUCGAAAGCAUUACGAUUACAGGUUUCUACAAGUAUCUCUUCCGUACCGGACUAAAGGAACCCGUGAGCCUCGCUAUCGCUGAAGAAUAUAUUUUCUGGACCGAAUACAAAUCAAAUAAAUUGUUUUGGGCGGACAAAUACAAUAUCCAUCAAAAGAACAACGGUAUCAUAAUUCGUAUGACUGACAAAGUAGAAAUAGCGCAUCUGGUAGCUUUACACGGAAUUAUCGUUCACGAGGAGAACGGUUGUCGCAAAAACAAUGGCAAUUGUUCGCACGUGUGCUUGCCUUCCUCUUAUAUAUCAUACAUUUGCGCUUGUCCUCCCGAAAUGAUGUUAAGUGCGGAUAAUCAUACGUGCAGUUCACAAUCUGCCUGUCCACCCGGUCAACUUAAAUGCAGCGAGCAUGAUAUCUGUAUAAAACGGCAACAAUGGUGUAACGGUAUCAAAGAAUGUCCGAACGGUGAAGACGAGCCGAUCGAUUGCGCAGAAGCCGGCCACUGCGGAAAAGAUAAAUUUAUGUGCAAAAAUGGCCAAUGCAUAAACAAGGCAGAUCGAUGUAACUCGAACUACGAUUGCUCUGAUAAGUCCGACGAAGAUGCCUGCAAAAAAAUAUCUUGUCAAAAAGACGAGUUUCAAUGUCACGAGGGAAGUUGCAUAUCAAGCUCUCUAGUAUGCAACGGUCAGUUUGACUGUUCCGAUACUUCCGAUGAACUUAAUUGCGGAACACGCGAGUGUUCUUCGAACGAAUUUAUGUGCGAAAUGCGAAAAUGCAUUCCGGAAAGUUGGAAAUGCGACGGCCAAAUCGAUUGUCCGGAUGGAUCAGACGAAACCAUGAAGAUCUGCAAGACGCGUUGUAAUAAUCAACAGUUUAGGUGCGCUAACGAUCUUUGCAUAUCAUCUUUAAUGAAGUGUGAUGGUUUCAACGAUUGCGGUGAUCACAGCGACGAGCAACAUUGUCUAAACGGGACAUAUGGUCACACUGGUAACUGCACCGAUGACGAGUAUCCGUGUUAUAACACAGAUAUGUGUCUCCCGAUAAGGGUAAAGUGCAAUGGUGUCCAGGAUUGCCCAAAAAAUGACGAUGAACACAACUGCGCGUACUGUUUGAAGAAUGAAUUUGCCUGCAACAAUCAAAAGUGUAUCCCGCAGAGUUGGGUAUGCGAUCAAAUCGAUGACUGUGGCGACAAAUCAGACGAGAAGGACUGCGGCAGGAGAAAUUGGAAGAAUACGAUAGCUAACGUAACAGGCACGUGUGAAGAAUUCAUGUGUUCCGAUGGCACUUGUCUACCAUUUAGCAAAGCGUGCGAUAAUGUACAAGACUGCCCAGACGGUAGUGACGAGCAGAAGAAAUGCACAACAUCGUGUGUACAAGACAAUCGCUGCCACGGUAUAUGUCACAAGACGCCUCAGGGUGGAAUUUGCGAUUGUAUAAAAGGAUAUCGCUUAGCUACCGAUAUGGUGUCCUGCGACGACAUAAAUGAGUGCGAACACGAAGUUUGCUCACAGAUGUGUCACAAUACUAUGGGCUCUUUCAUAUGUUCGUGCUUCGACGGAUAUAUUAUUCGUGACGACAAGAUUUCUUGCAAAUCUAUCGGACCACCAAUGGAAUUGAUCACCGCCACCGAUAGAGAUAUCAGAAAGAUAUCAUCGAAUACACGAUCGAUCGAAGCGAUCCAUCCGUUAUCGGGCUUGAGUGUAGGCGGUCUUGACGUGAAUGCAAUCGACAAUACGAUUUAUUGGAGUAAUGAUGAUCUGGGUACAAUUAACAAAUUCAACAUCAAGACGAAAGAAUCAAAGUUUGUCACGGGUGUCGGAAUUCCGGAAGUGCUUGCGGUCGAUUGGAUUACUGAUAAUAUCUACUUUAACGAUAACAAUCGCCCGAAUAAGAUCAAGGUAUGUAACUUGGAGCAAGAAAAAUGUGCGACAAUAGCCAAAAUAGAAGGUGUUGGUAAGGUAACAUCUAUCGUAGUUGACCCAAAAAAUAGAUGGCUAUUCUGGAGUCAAACCACUUGGCAAGUAUAUAACAAUCCAUUUAGUGAAAUAUAUCAGACGGACAUGAUGGGUUCCAAUAUGAAGAUAAUUGGUUCUCGAAAUAUAGGCGUCGUGAGUGGAAUGGCAAUCGAUCAUAUAAAAUCUAAACUAUAUUGGACGGACAGUUUUUACAAAACUAUCGAGUUAUCUAAUUUGGAUGGAACUCAGCGUAGCACGUUUUUAAAAACAGAUAAACAUCAACCGUUAAGCAUCAGUAUUUAUGAAAAUUCACUUUACUGGCUAAUGGGUUCAAAUGGCCAGUUACAAAAGUGCAAGCUAUAUGGCGAAAAAUUAUGUGAAUCGAUAAACGUAGGCUCAGACAAUAUUCACAAACACUUCGCCAUCUUACAUGUCUCCAAUCAUCCCCCUGCUGAGAAUCCUUGCAAAGUUAUAAACUGCAACUACAUGUGUGUUUUGAAGGAUAAAGAUGCGGCAUGCAUUUGCCAAGACGGUAAACCAAUAAUGCCUAACAACAUUUGUAUAGCAGAUACUCCAAAUGAUGAAGCAUCGUUUACUUCGAACAAAACUUACAUUCGAUCAGAACCUGUUAGGCAUUACAAUAGCACCUAUAGUGGAUUAUUCAUCGCAUUAGUGAUCAUUAUAUUAAUCCUAUCUGGUUUCUUUUAUUACCAAAGAAAUAAAUUAAAGAAGACUUCAUUAGACAACCUUAGCAGCAUUCGCUUCCAAAAUCCAUCGUAUGAUCGAAGAGACGAGAUUGCGGCGACGCUUAUUUCGACGGCUUCAAAUAUAUCUCCUGGAGAACAUGAAUACGUAAAUCCUAUUAACGAUAAGUUGUUAACGAUUGUGGAAGAAAGUGAGACUAAUCAGUCAGAAACGAUAAGUACAAAUCAAAUGGGAAAAGAAGUUGAAGCAACACAAAAACAAGAUGCCCUUAUCUCUUUCACGCGAUAAAAAUAAUUCAACGUUAUAAUGGAAAACAUCGAGGUUUAAUAUUAAGAUUGAAAUUCCAGCAAGAAUCUUUACAUGAAUGUUUUAAAGAAUGUGUAAAUUCGUGGCAUUAUAGCAAUUAAUGUAAAUAGGUCAAAUACAAUGUACAUAUAAUAUAUUAAUACAACAUUCGCACGCAUAUUGUAUAAAUAAUACAUCUUUGCUGUAUGUUAGAAAUGCAAUUAUGAUACAAUAUGUGAUAUUGAACAAUAUGUUUACAAAUUACAUCUUUUUCAAACAGGCACUAAUAUAAACUAAAAUAUUAAAUACAUUUCAACAUGUUUAUAUUUUUUCAA